UGUAAUUCCUAUGAAGUCGGCAGAAUCUGCAAAGUUAAGAAAAGAGAUUGACGAGAUACACAAGCAAGAAGGAAGAUUACAAUUGCUUUUGAUAAUUUUACCAGAGGUCAAGAAUAUAUAUAUGGAGAAAUAAAGCUAAUUUGUGAAACGCAAAUAGGCAUUAUGACCCAGUGUUGCAAGCCUGAAAAAGUCAAAAAAUGUUCUAAGGACUUUCUUCAAAGUCUCGCCCUCAAGAUCAAUGUUAAGGUUGGCGGGAUCAAUUUUGUUUUAAGGGAAAUUUGCAAAGUAACAGAUAUUCCUACCAUAAUUUUUGGUGCGGAUGUCACACAUCCAGAACAAGGGGAUGAUUCAAGUCCUUCUAUAGCUGCGGUUGUGGCAUCAAUGGACUGGCCUUCGGUUGCAAGUUAUAAAUGUGCCAUGGCUCUCCAGAAUCAUGGACAAGAAAUCCUUACUGAUCAUAGCAUGUACAGCGAAUUGAUCCAAGCUUUUCGUGAAACAAAUAGUCAGCUACCUAAGAGGAUAAUAUUUUUCAGAGAUGGAGUUGCUGGCACCCAGUUUUGUGACGUUUUGCAGCAUGAGGUGCCAAAUAUAAGAAAGGCUUGUGAAUCAAUUGAGGAGGGUUAUCAGCCUCCUUUAACAUUUGUGAUUGUCCAUAAAAGACAUCAUGCCAGAUUUUUCCCUACUGAAAAUGCUGAUGGGAGUGGAGAUAUAUUGACAGGAACGGUAGUAGACGACAAGACGAUAUGUCACUCUUCACAUUAUCACUUCUAUUUGAAAAGUCAUGACGGGAUACCGGGAACUAAGAGCUGGCCUAUGCGCUAUACUGUGCUGUUAGAUGAAAAUAAUUUCACCUCAGACGAAAUACAACAAUUAGUUUAUGGAUUAUGUCACACGUAUGCAAGGUGUCCUGAAUCAGUUUCAGUAGUUCCUCCGGUGUAUUAUGCACACCAUGCAGCUUAUAGAGCUCGGAAGUAUGCUGAUGGAGGGCUGAGCUUGCCGAAAGUUAAGGAAAACAUAAAAAAAUUCAUGUUCUAUGUCUAAGACAUAGAACAUGAAUCUACACAAUAUUUGACUCUUCAGAUGUUAUUCCCGUUGUCACACAUGUUGCUCAUCGGCGUGCAAGUAGGGGUUCUGGUUCUUACCAUAAGUCUGAGCAUUUAAGGAGACCAGAAAAUUGGGCAUUAGGGGCUAUGUUCUAAAGUGCCCAGCGGGUAAUUCCACCCACACCAAGUUCUUCUACUGCAACAAUUACAUCCUCUUUCGGUCAAGGUACUUCAGCUAGACUUGAAGAAGGUUCUAGGACAAUGGAGAGACUCAGAGGAACAUCCAUGCUAGUUGGGUGCAUCGAUCGUGUGAGUGUCACUGAUGGUGAUCACUUGUGUUAUUUAUUUCACCUGAACACUUAAUAUAUUACUAAAAGGAAACAAUUCGGGUCUGCUUAUCCUAUGCUUUUUCUUGCCUACUUUUGUAGACUUUUUAGUAUAGAAGUAUUUGAUCUAUCAGUUAUGCUAUUAAGAGUUACAAAUUGAUACCUUUAUUGUCAUUGGGGUAGAAAUGGACUUCAUGUUUAUGUUCCUUUUGAUCAUGUUGUUGCAGACACAGUACUUUCUACCAACUUAAUUUGUUUAAUAGGUUCUUAUAUGUUUAGUGGAAUAAAAAAUAUUUUAGGCAUCAGUGAAGUUUCUAUCGUUUUAAACACCAGGACAAAAGCAGAUAAACAAGUUUAAUCUGUUCAGUCGAAAUGCAUGUUAACCUUAUCUUCUAAGAAUGACAGAGUGCUUUCCAUCAACAAAAGGUUUUAUAAGUUGAAGCAUGUUUUUCUUGGCUGCUGUUAUCAUUACUUUCUCCUAUGGUGAGAUUAGCAUUGAUGAGCCAAACUUAUCCUAGCUUUCUCAGGUGGGUAUCCUGUCAUGUGUUUUCUAUCUCAAGGAGAUCAUCAUGAACUCAACACUAUUUAUGAUCACGAGAAUGAUUUUAUUAAGUUAUAUUUGCAAGCAUGCUAGGUUCAUUGGUGAAUAUACAACCCUCAUUUUUCAGGAAAUUUUUAGUUGCAUGAGAAAUUUUAGAAGCUAAUAUACAAGCUUGAAUAAGUUGCAUGUAUCUAAAACUAAACAUUGGAAGAGGGGUUUCAACGACAACUUUCACUUUUCACAGGUUUUAAUAAUUUCUCAUUCUGUCUACUGUUGGUUAUUUUAUAGAUUAUUUAUCUAACAGAGCUAUGGAAUUAAUUGAUAAUGGCAGCUUGGGUGGGAGUUUUCAAUUAGGUCCAAAAUCCUAACAACAGUUCAAAAUAUAUAAUAAUAUGAUGCUCAUGCAGUUAAACUUAAAACCUCAUCUGUGUUGUCCUUUUUUUUGUUCCCAUUUUCUACCUCACUUUUUUCUCACAAUUUAGUCUCAUUCUUUG